GUCCCGCCCCUUCCCCACUCCCCCUAGCCACCUCGGCUCAUUCCGGGUGGGCCCCCUCCCUGUGACCUCUGAACCUUAUGCCAAGUGAGGCCCUAGGCACCCUGGCACCCACGCUCCUCUCCCGGACUUCCAGCAGAAAUCCUUUUUAAGCAGACCACUUCCACAUGCAGUCCGAGUCAUUGAUCAGCCCCCUGAUGCAGACCAUCUCUCACCAGCACUGGAAAGUCCGGGUGGCUGUCAUCGAAGCCACAGGGACAGUGAUCCAAUUUGGAAACGGAAAGUCAGUAGACGAUGUACUUUCACACUUUGCUCAGCGCCUCUUUGAUGACGUCUGUCAGGUACGACAUGCGGUGACCUCUGUGGUGGGCGGCUGGCUGCUGGCUCUGCGGGACCGCUACUCAUUCUUUCACAAGCUCAUCCCUCUGUUGCUGAGCAGCUUCAAUGACGAGAUGCCUGAAAUCAGGCAAUUGGCUGCCAACCUCUGGGAGAAGGUGGGACUGCAGUGGCAAGAGGAGAACGAGGCAGACCUGAAGGACAAGCUGGACUUCGCCUUGCCACCCCCACCCCACUACCCCCUACAAGAGAGCCGCCCAGUGCUGGGCUGCAGGGAGCUGGUCUUCAGGAACCUUUCCAAAGUCCUUCCUGCCAUCUGUCACGACAUUACUGACUGGGUGGUGGGGACCAGGGUGAAAUCUGCACAGCUCCUACCAGUUCUGCUCCUGCACGCCGAGGACCACAUGACACAGCACCUGGAGAUCAUCCUCAGAACGCUGCAGCAGGCUUGUGCUGACGAGGAGGCGGCCGUGGUCAGCAGUUGCGUGAGAUCUGCAGAGCUGAUUGGGACAUUUGUUAGCCCAGAAGUAUCUCUGAAGCUGAUCUUAUCGAUGUUGAAGAAGGCACCCUCCUCUUGUAGCCUGUUGGUUCUUGCUUCCAUCAUUCAAGGAUGCCCACGAGAUGCCCUCCAGCCACACCUCAAGGUCAUCACCACAGAGCUUUCCCAGGCUCACGUCUGCCAGGCAUCUGAAAAUGGCCUCUACCUGGAGCGCCUGCUGCUCUGUGUCCAGACCCUGGUGUCCGUGUGUCAGGAGGACUGCAGCAUGGCUAGCCUGCAGCUCAUGGAGGUGCUGGUGACGAUCAUGGCUCUCUCAGGUGCCACUACCCUUGGGAACAAGGCUCAGGAGACCAUGGAGUCGCUGGCCAUGAUGGAGAACGUCCCCAGUAGUCAGGACCUCUACCGCAAGCACAUAGGGCCUCUCCUGGAGCGGCUGACCACCUCGCACAGUGACUGGACUGCACACUCUGUGGAGCUGCUGCAGUUCUGUGAGGUCGUCACCCGGUCAGGCCCUGCCGUGGGAGAAGCACUGCAGCACGUGGUCCCCACCCUCAGGACCUGUCUCCAGACCACAAGAGACCCCCAUAUGUGCCUGAAGCUCUUCUCUGUCCUCUCCAGCCUGCUGCUGAGGCCCAAGGACACCAUUGACUCCCAGGGGCAGUUUUGUGGCUACCUUGACACAGUGGUGAAGGACAUCUUAAUGCCCAACCUGCAGUGGCGAGCGGGGAAGACAGCUGCAGCCAUCCGCACGGCUGCUGUGUCCUGCCUGUGGGCACUCACCAGCAGCGACAUUCUGUCAGCCAAGCAGGUGCAGGACGUGCAGGAUACAUUGCUGCCACGGAUCCUGGCUGCCCUGGAAGAAGAUGUGCAGACCACCCGGCUGAUCUCCUGUCGUAUCAUUAACAUAUUUUUGAAGACCUCUGGCGAUGUUAUGAACCCAGAUAAAUUCAUCAAAGUUUAUCCUGAGCUCUUAAAGCGCCUAGAUGAUGUCUCCAAUGAUGUGCGCAUGGCCGCUGCCUCCACCCUGCUCACCUGGCUGAGGUGCAUCCAGAGCUCCGAGGGCAAGUCAUACUAUCAAAGCAGCAUCCAGUACCUGUACAGGGAGCUCCUCAUUCAUCUGGAUGACCCUGAGAGCACCAUCCAGGACACAGUCUUAGAUCCCCACCUACUGGGGAUCAUAUGCUCUCCAGCUGCCUUGGGAUGGUUGUGGCUGCAUUGGAAAGAAGUAAAAACCUCCCUGAAGACAAUGAGAAGAGUUUCUGUCUGUAUAUGAAGGACUGUUGAGCUUGACAGAAGAAAGCUGGAUGAAUCUGUCAGGAGAGUAAGUUUACUAUUAGGUUGGGGAUGUGGAGCCCAAACAUGAGGAGGAGCAGGUCAGAUUUCCAUGCCUCCUGUGGAGGAGAGAGUAUGGCAAAGAGGGAUGCCUGAUAAAUUAUCAAGAGCCUGAAAGUCAGCCCUAGCAAGAUUACUCACAUCAUAGAUCUAAUAGAGGUGCCUGUUUAAGCUGUGGGUAAUCGGGGUCAUCAGUGAUUCUGCCUGUCUGUACCCAGAGCAAUACUGGAGUCCUGCUUUUUGAAAAGGAACCCCCAGUUUUCAAAAGUUCACAGGAGUAGCUUUCUUCUUUUGGGUGGUCUUUUUCCUCAGACAGUUCAGGUGGGACUGACUUUAUAAUUGCCAGGUUUUGUUGUUGUUGUUUUAUUUUUUGGUACUGGGGAUCAAACUUGGGUCCUUACCCUUGUAAGGCAGGUGGCAGAACCACUGAGCCAAAAAUCCCCAGCCCUAUAAUUGCUAGUUUUUGCUUGGCUAUGUCCUGCUCUUCUGUAUAAGUCCUAACAAAGGAGCUGGUCCAACUUUGCCAGGCUUGGUAGGUGUAGUGGAUUGACUAACGGUCAACUUUGUAAUGCUCUGCUGAACUGAAUCAUUGUGGUCUGCGCGUGGAGGAUUCACCUGAAUUUUGUUACCAAUACACAUAAAAAGAGAACUGGAGGGGAAGAUCUAGGCCUGUUGAUUUUCUAAAAGCUUGCUGUGGUUUUCCUGAUGCAAACUAGGUUGUUCUCGUCAGAGGAGGAGCUCGGGACCUUGCUGCCGCUGGGAAUGGCGGCUGCUUUCAUUAGGGGUUCUCUGAUCUUUACUGUGAGCAUCACUUCCUGGCUCCAAUGUGGAUCCCU